ACCACAACCACAAUUUUCCUCAUUGUUCUUACGGUACGUGAUGAUGGGCGGUGGAAUCUAUCCAGGUACGGAAGGUAAGCUACGAUUAGGGAGUUUUACGGUGUUAUAUUAUUGUCACUUGAGUGACGAAGAAACCAUUCACUAUGUCAGUAACAUGUCAGAGAUCAUUAGCCAAGUUUGGUGAAAAUGUAUCUCCGAUCUUAGUCUCUAAAUUACAAAACCAAGACACCAAAAGGCAAAAACAGGAAGCUAAGGUGGCUCCUAUUACCAGAAGAACCAAACUAACUGUUCCAAAGGAACCAAAUCUUAGAAUUUCAGAAAGACCUGAAAGACAAAGGUCCAAGGUUAGCUCAGAGACCGAGGAGAUUGUGGCAUCAAGUUCUAAAAGACACAUUAGGAACAAAAAUAUUAAAAUGGAACCUCCUGUUUCAACAUCUUUGCCUAAAACUAAUAGGCCACGGUCCCAAGAUUUUCAGGCAUUUCGAUUCAGAAUAUCACUGAGAGCAAAGGAACGCUCUUCAAAUGCUAAAACCGAUGCCAUACAAGAGAAUGAUGCUACUAAGUCCAGAACGAGUCUGGAUUUCUGCGGGAUGUUCGAUUCUCAGGAAGUUGCAAGGAACCUAAUCACUGCUUAAUCUUCACCUUGAAGAUGUUCUUUCAUGUUUAUACAUGUAACACACGCAUUCCUAUGUCUAUAUAUAAGUAAACGUGUAUACUCUAUUCUCACUGUUAGGUUCUGUGAUUCAACAAACUUUUUAACAUAAU